CUCUUCUCUUCCUCUCUCCCUGUCACUCUAUUCUCUUUCUCACGGCCUCAAUUCCAGCCACCUCCGACGUGUCCGCCUAUGCGUUCGAGUCUGCUCGAUUCCGGACCGGCCAUCGACGGCGGUUUCGCUGUCGUGGUGGGCUGGAUCUGCCUGAUCUGGUAUACAACGGUGGUGGCUGUUUGCGUCUUGGGAUACUACCAAAUAUGGCGCUAUUUUCUACAACGACCCCGACCCUCUCAUUCCGCCUCCGACGCCGAUGCCCCUCACGUCACUGCCAUUCGCCCCGUUAAAGGCCUCGAACCGAACUUGUAUGAGUGUCUGGCCUCAACCUUUCGUCAAGAUUACCCGCGCAACCGCUUGACCGUUUAUUUCUGCAUCUCCUCCCGCGAUGAUCCCGGCUAUCCCACCCUUCAAAAGCUCAUGGCGGAUUUUCCGCAUGCCGACGCGCGCGUCUACGUCGAGGAUGAGGACCCUUUGCUCCAGCCCGACAAUGCCUCCGCGUAUAGCCUGGGGCCCAACCCGAAGAUUCGGAACAUGAGCCGAGCCUAUCGUGAAGCCAAGGGUGACAUCAUCUGGAUCAUCGACUGCAACGUAUGGGUGGGCAAGGGUGUUUGUGGGCGCAUGAUUGACCGACUGUGCGGUUUCGGGACUCAGGGCAAGAAGUACAAGUUCGUGCAUCAUUUGCCCGUGGUAGUGGACGUUACCGGGGAUACCAAUGGACAGGGAGAACAAUCCGCGCUUUUGGAGUCGUCCAGCAGGGAGACCGAGGAUAUGCUCGAGGAAGCGCCCGCGGAUACGCUUGCGAUGGGCGGUGGCCGCCUGGAAGAGUUGUUUCUGUCGUCUGCGCAUGCCAAGAUGUACACUGCUAUCAACACGGUUCUUAUUGCGCCGUGCAUCGUGGGCAAGUCCAACAUGUUCCGGCGCUCUCAUUUGGACUACCUGACGGCUCCUUCGCCGAAGGAUCCCCAUCGGCGCAAUCCGGGGAUCGACUACUUCUCCGACAAUAUCUGCGAAGACCACCUGAUCGGCGAUCUACUGUGGAAAAAGAAGGUUCGCGAAGAGAAGGAACAAGGCGAGCGUUUCGGCAAGCACGGCAUGGUUUUUGGGGAUUUGGCCUUCCAGCCCGUCGCCGACAUGAGCGUGCAGGCAUACAUGGCGCGCCGCGUGCGUUGGUUGCGUGUCCGCAAAUUUACGGUGCUUCUGGCGACCUGGGUCGAGCCGGGCACGGAGUCAUUGCUAUGUUCGUUGUACGGGGCCUGGGGAGUCACCACGUCUCUGGCGCAGUGGCUUCUAGAGAAGGGAUAUGACAAUGCGACGCAUUUGACGACGUGGACAGCCUUUUUCGCAUGUUUCUGUGUGAGUAUGGUUGCCUGGAUCCUGGUCGACUGGACACUCUAUAUCAAACUCCAUUCGGCCAAGACGGUCGAACUGGACGAGGAUACCCCGGCCUUCGCGCGGCCUCCCCGCCCUGGCACCACCCGACGGACUUUCCGACAGUGGUUCGGGGCGUGGCUGGGACGAGAGUUCCUGGCGCUCCCGAUCUGGCUGACAGCGUUCUACGGCGGUGUCACGGUGGUCUGGCGUGAUCGACGAUUCCGAGUAGGACUGGAUAUGAAGGUGCGCGAAAUUGACGGCGACAAAACCGUUGGAUCCAAAGGUAGCUCUUCCGGAAACAAAGUACGACGGGACUAGCAAGGGGGAUUGAACGGGAUAGACAUGAUAGAUGACGAGCAUGAACUAACUGAACUGACCAUGAAACGAAGCAUGUAUAUGUACCAUAGCAUAUAUCCUUAGCAUUAUAUCAACAUGAACCAAAGUAAAAAAAAUCAACUUUUAUCUAAAUCC